AAAACCAACAACAAGUUCCAAGUUUCUCUCUAUUACCAAACAAGCUCUCUGUUUCUCAGAUCUUCUCUCUGUUUCUUUUUUUUUCUUCAUAAAAGAGGGUUUUGAUUCAACAAUUAUGGUGAGAAUAUUUGUUCUCUACAAUAUACUAAACUCUUUUCUCCUCUCUUUAGUACCAAAGAAGCUACGAACUCUCUUCCCUCUCUCUUGGUUCGACAAAACUCUCCACAAGAACUCACCACCGUCUCCGCCAACGAUGUUACCGUCUCCUUCCUCUUCGUCGUCGUCGUCUGUGCCGACGAAAAGAAUAGAUCCGUCCGAUCUCAAACGGGUUUUCCAGAUGUUCGACAAGAACGGCGACGGUCGAAUCACAAAAGAAGAGCUCAACGACUCACUUGAGAAUCUAGGUAUCUACAUACCAGACAAAGAUCUGACUCAAAUGAUUCAUAAGAUUGACGCAAACGGUGAUGGAUGCGUCGACAUAGACGAGUUCGAGUCGUUGUACAGCUCGAUUGUGGACGAGCAUCAGAACGAUGGAGAAACAGAGGAAGAGGAUAUGAAAGACGCGUUCAACGUGUUUGACCAAGAUGGAGACGGGUUUAUCACUGUAGAGGAGUUGAAAUCUGUGAUGGCUUCCUUAGGACUCAAGCAAGGGAAAACCCUAGAUGGUUGUAAGAAGAUGAUUAUGCAAGUUGAUGCAGAUGGUGAUGGUAGAGUCAAUUACAAGGAGUUUCUUCAGAUGAUGAAAGGUGGUGGCUUUAGCAGCAGUAAUUGAUCUUUAAUUUAGGGUUUUAUUUGACAGAAGAAAAGAGUGUUUUAUUCCAUUGAUUGGUUUGUUUUCUUGUUUCUCCUCUGUAAAUAGUUUCUUUAUGAUGACGAAUCAAAACAUCGUUGGUGUAUCUUUGUUUUUAGGGUUUCUAUGGGCUUAUGUAAGAUUCACCUUCUCAACUCAUCUGUUUAGUGUUCUUAAAUAGAUUGUUAACUGUUUCCUUAUCAA